AUGGCUGUUGAUUUGUACGUGGAAACGUUGAAGAAAAUGAUUGAAAAAUUCCAGGAAUAUAAACCUGGUUCAGUAACUUUAGAUAAUAUCACAAAGCUUUGUCAAACUUUGGGGUUGGAAUCAUUCAUUGACGAUAUUGGCAAUGGUGUAUCACGGUUGUCUACUGCUUCUAAGAUUAUUGUAAUAGAUAUCGAUUUUGAUAAAAUAGAAGGGAAAGUGAAAGAUGUGAAAUUAGUCCUUGCAUCGAAUUUUGAUAAUUUCAAUUACUAUAAUACAAAUAUUGAACAUAAGGCAAUGGAUAGUACUACAAAUAAUAAUUCUGCAAAUGAUAACGAUGAUGAUAAAAGUAAAAAUAUUUUGUUUAAUUCAUUGAGUGAAUAUUCUACAUUGCAUGAAUUUCAUCAUAAUCUACAAUAUUUGUAUUUGUUAGAUUCGUUUUCACAAAUUGAAGUUGAUCCUUUGAAUAGUUCAAGUGUCGGAACAGGUUCAAAUACUGCCGGAACAUCUACAAAUAACACGAAUGGUAAUAGCAAUGGUCAUAAUCAUAAUAACCAUGUUAAUAAUCAUAAUUCAAAUAAUUCAUCUAACAACACUAAUAAUGAUGGGAUCAGCUCUGUAGGAAAUAUGAGCUCAGGAGGAACUUCUAUGAUCUCUUCUCAAGGUAAAUUAGAUUUGUUUAAGUAUUAUACUGAAUUAUCUCAAUUCAUUGACGAAUAUUUCGUUGCAAAUAAUGCUCCAUUUUCUAUUGCUACCAAUUUAAAUAAUAUGUUUGGUAUUUAUAUCAGCAUUAGUGGAGAAUCGAAGCCUCUAGCAAGAAUAUAUUUGGAAAAAUCUAGGGAUCCACAACAAUAUUUUUAUGAAUAUACUUUUUCACAAUCAAGUAACUAUUGGAUUAAUGAGCAUUCAGAUUCAUAUACAAUGGGUAUUUCUUUAGUCUUGGAGAUUAUUGAUGAUUCUUCUUGCAUUUUCCCAUUAGAUUUAAUACCGCGAGAUUUGAUUAUCGAAUUGGGUGAUAAUUUAUCCAAUUCUCAUAACACUAGUAACACUAAUAGUCAUAGUAAUAACACUAACUCUAACUAUAUUCAGACAUCUAGUUCAACCACCAAUUCUUCCUCAUCUUCAUCUGGAUUUUCAAGAUCCUCUUCAAAUCAAAUAGAGUCAAAUUCUUUGUUUACAAAAAUGAAUUCGAUGACAAAUUUAAAUCAACAUGCACAUAAACUUUCAAAUUCAAAUUCAAAUUCAAAUUCAAAUUGUCCAACUGUUACUAGUUCAAAUUCUAAUACAAAUCAGAAUCAAUCCUCUAAAAACAACAGCAACAAUAUUAAUAGUUAUAAUAAAAAUGCUAAUACACAAGCAUUAUCUGUGCUGGAUAAUGGUUCUAUUAGAUCCGUAAUCAAUAUCCCUUCAUAUUCAAGAAAAUCCAAAUUUCAAAUCAUGAAUGAUUUUACAACAAAAAUGAUUAAUAUUAAAAAAUUUGAUAUUAGUAAUGAUAAUUUAUCCUUGAUUCUUGAAUUUUUAAGAUGGGUUAGAUGGUCAAAAAUAAUAUUAAAUCCAGUGAUAAAAUUAAUUAGCCAGUCAGAUGAUACUAAUAAUGUUACUACCUCUAAUGGUAAUCAAAAUAGCAGUGUCAAUGAAAUUUCUAGUGAGAACAACAAUAAUAAUAGCAAUAAUAAUAAUAACCCUUCUCAUUUCCCCUCACGUGAUAAUUUAGAACAAGCACAUGAAUUACCUAUAAAUUCUAAUCAGAUUCAUUCUUCACUGUCAAGUAAUGCUGGAGAAUUAUAUCCACACUCUAUGUCAGUAUCGAAUGGAAAACGUAGACGUUCAUCAAAUAAAAGCAAAAGACCAAGUUUAACUGAAGCAUCAAUUUUGAAAGAUGAAGGUUUCCAACAAUUCAAUUUACACGAAAUUAUGACAGAAUCUGUUAUUGAAGAAGAAAAUAUGGUUUUUGAUCAUAUGGAUAGCUUUUCGUCACCAAAAAUCUCUUCUUCAUUCAAUGAUGUUUCAACUUUUGUUGAUGAAGCGUUGGGAAAUAAUACUAAUGCGAUUGCCAAUAAUUCAGGUAAAAUAGAAUUUCCCAUCAAAACUAAUAAUAACUAUGCACCAGAAAAACUAUAUAAAACCGCUUCACCAAAAUAUUUAAUAAUAAGUGAGGAUUGCGUAGCAAUAGAUAAGGGAAUUAGUUGUAAUAUUUAUGAUGAUGUCGAAAAAUGGAAAAUAUUUAUUGAUACAUUUAUAUCUCAUUUCUAA